CCGCUUGUGCAUAUAGCCCGACAUACAUUAUCUGCAUAUAAGUCUGUAAUAGAUACGAGAGGACACUAGGGGAGUAAUGAGUAGGUGACUGUCAGUUACAUCGGAGUUCCGUGUGAUCGUUGAACGCUGCAACGUACAAUUUAUCAUGUCACGCUCUAUGCUGUUGCUAAUUCUGCUGGGUAUAUUAUUGCUCAAUUGUCAAGAGACACUUGGUCGGAGAGGACGAGGAAGGGGCAGGAGCAAAUCCCGCGUGCAGAUCGGAUUGCCUAUUACCGGGAAGUACCGUGAUCCGGAAAGCGAUCAAUAUUACAACAAUAAUAACGGAGCUAAGAUACUGCUGGCAUCACAUUUCGAUCUGGAAUACGUCCUGGGACAUAAAAUAGCUUUCCUCUGCGUCGCCCGCGGCAAUCCACGCCCGCAUAUUACGUGGUUCAAGGAUGGUGCCGAGAUUUAUGUGCAUCAUUAUCUACAUAUACACGAAUGGCAAGUCGGUACUGACAAAGUGAAAUCGAAGCUUGAAAUCGAUCCCGCUACUCAGAUGGACGCGGGGGUCUACGAGUGCACGGCAGACAAUAUGUACAGCAUUGAUCGAAGGUCUUUCAAGACUGACUUCUCCAUCGCUUUCGAUUAGUGCGAGAGAUCCCAAACAAACACAUACAUAUAGAUUUAUAAGAAAAAACAUAUAAAACACAGGUAACACGUAAACUUUUUACAAUAGACCCUAAGAAAUGAUAGAAACGAAAACGAUUCAGGAUGACAUGUACUGUCAUUAUACAACUUGCUGGAAGGAAAUUGAAUCGUCCUAAUUCGAAUUAUGAAACAUUGUUCUCGAUCCUGUCGAAGCGUUGUGAAAUCGAGACCUAUCUAGAAUAAUGAUUUGCGCUUCCUCUUAAAUACAAUUGUAGUCCGUUCAAGCGAAAAAAA